AUGUCAAAUGAAAGCAUCAUUUCGUCAACAAUUUUACCUUUGCAAAACGAGGGUUGUUAUUGGGAAACAACUUUUAUAUUCAGUCCCACUCUAAAUAUCAUUGCCGAUUUCUCAUACAAUAUAAUUUCCCCACUUGGUCUUUCGAUUGUGAUCGAGCGAAUUGUGGCCACAUUUUUUGUUGAAAAGUACGAACAAAUCAAACCAUAUCCUGCUUUGAUCAUUACUGUGUGUAUUUCGUUUGGGUUUGGAGGGAUUUUGAUCGUCGUGAACUUGGGUGACGAGCUCUCAUUUGUUUUGUUUGGUUUAUCCGUUGGCGAUUUAUUUAUCCUUUGUGGACUGCUGUAUUUAAAUCGAUUCAAUAUCCGACGCUGUAAUUCAAAUGUUUUAUCGAGGAAAUACCAAUUGACAGAGAAUAUUCGAAUUCUCCGAAUCUUGAUUCCAUUGACUCUUCUCGACAAUUGUGUAACCAUUACCGAUUUUAUCACCGAACAAUUCUUUAAUGUUAAUUAUAUUUUUGAUCCAAAGCAAUGUCAUCGCAAAGAUUAUAUAAUUUUAUUUAUAGUUUUAAGACCGUGGUCAAUCCUUUUUGAGCUUCUCAUUCCAUUAACAAUUAUCUGUCGACAUCCAGUUUAUCGCAGGACAUUUCUUGAUAUGAUUUAUGGUCAAAAAAGGCGAAAACAAAGCAAAAUUGUGGAUAUUGUACAGAAAAAGAUUAUGAAAAAUGUAUUGGGAGAAAAGGUGAUGAUGGGCAAUGAUUCUCAACAAGUCUUUCAUACAAUGAUGAAAAUGUGGGAUAUGACAGAAGAAAGAAUUCGA